GUCAUAUUAUGACCUAUUCAUGAAAACAUGCAUAUCAGUCCUAUCCAUGUUCCACGGCCUACGUCAUCUCGAUGUCACCUCUGGCAGUUCCUAUAUAUGCCAGUGGACAGCAUCAAACCUUGACCUUACUCUAUCUCAAUCAAUACUGCACUGAAUCAACUCCAUAAUCAGAUCACCAUGACCGGAAAAAAGAUCCUCAUCAUCCUCAGCGACGCCAAAUCCUUCCCCCUGAAGAAAACCUCCGGCUCCGAUGCCGGCAAAACAGUCGAACACCCAUCCGGUUUCUUCCUCAUGGAACUCGCCAAACCCCUCCAGAAAAUCCUCGACGCCGGCUACGAAGUAACCUUCGCCUCGCCCAAUGGCCUAGAACCCGUCCCGGACCCGCUCAGCGAAUCCCUCCUCGCCUUCGCAGGCAACUUCUACGAACGCCGGCGCGAGAAUGAGCUCAUCGACCGCAUGAAGCGCGAGAACGGGUUCAGUCGCCCCAGACCGCUCGGCACCAUUAGCGACGCGGAGCUGGAUUCCUUCGUGGGGGAGGUGGGUCGGGUGUUGCGGCAUUUCCACGCGAAGAAAAAGCCCACCGCGUCGCUUUGUCAUGGUCCGAUUGCGCUUCUGAGUACGAAGCAGGCGGGGGAUGGGUCGUUUAUCUAUAAGGGGUAUAGGAUCACGUGCUGGAGUGAUGCGGAGGAGAAGGUCAUGGAGACGAUGUUGGGUGGGGAGAUCAAGAAGGUGGAGUCGUCUCUGCGUAAUGAGGGGCUGAGAUGUAUCACUGUUGACCGUGAGUUAGUGACGGGAGGGAAUCCUCAGGCGGCGAAUGCGUUAGGGGAUCAGUUUUUGAAGAUGCUCAGUGUUCAUUGAGUGUGUGUACGUGUACGUCCCGGCCGGCAGGGUCGAGUCUUUUCAAUUCGAUGCCGAAACCGUGGUAGCCCCUAGCUUCGAAUAUCUUGGAAGCAGACAUUCAUCGGAAUGUGGCCCUCCUGCCUUCUAUUUUGGUCUCUUUCUUUUAUCUUGUCCGUACUUAUCUUAUCAUCUGCUUAUCGAUAAGCCAUUUUCGGUGGCCAAACAUGUUUCCGCUUUUGGCGUUACAACAAUGAUUUUACAUCUUAG